UGACUGUCUGACUGUGAGAAUAGAGGAUGAGACGAAUCGCUGACCGUGGCUUUCAUCCAAUCCGCAUCACUUGACGCUGGUGCAGCGUUUGACUCGCAGCAGGUUGACUCAAACACCUCCGAACUGUGUUCAAAAGUGACUCCGAACUGCGCUUUGGUGUUUUUGACACUGCUCCGGAUAAUCUCGUUACAAUGACAUUCAUAAACACCUCCUUAGAUGUAUUCUCGCAGUUUUAUAUCUUUCAGAAUUUCUCUACGUUUUUUAAUUUCUCUUUGGACGCGAUGAGAGGGUCGAAUUACGAGUCUGAAUCCCACAGACCGACUAUCAGAGCGCUGCUCGUCGUCUCAUAUUCCGUUAUUAUCUUCAUAUCGCUUUUCGGAAACGUGGUGGUUUGUCACGUUGUUAUUAAGAAUAAAAGAAUGCACUCAGUGACAAGUUUGUUCAUCAUGAAUUUAGCCAUUGCUGACAUCCUUAUAACUCUCCUCAACACGCCUUUUACACUGGUUCGGUUUGUUUACAGUACAUGGGUGUUCGGGAAGGUAAUGUGCCAUGUGAGCCGCUUUGCACAGUACUGUUCUGUCCAUGUCUCUGUUCUUACACUGGUUGCCAUCGCCAUUGAUAGACACCAGGUGGUGAUGCAUCCAAUGAAACAGCGGAUGUCUCGGCUUCAGGGCGUAGCCUGGAUCUUUGCUAUCUGGCUGAUGGGGUCCUGCUUCUCUCUACCACAUGCCAUCUAUCAGAAACUGCUGCGCUUUGAAUUCAUCAAUAAUAGAGUACGGAUGGUAUGCCUGCCCAGCUUCCCUCAUCCCUCUGAUCUCUUCUGGAAAUAUCUGGAUCUUGCCUCCUUUGUCCUCCUCUACGUGUUGCCUUUAGCAAUUAUUUCCUUAUCGUACCUCGUGGUGGCCAAGAAGGUUUGGUUCCGGAAUGCCGUCGGUGAUGUCACACUGGCUCAAUCGGUCGCUCAUCGCAGAAGGAAGAAGACGACUUUGAAAAUGCUGAUCGCAGUGGUGGCUGUGUUUGCAGUCUGCUGGUUUCCUUUAAACUGUUACGUUGUGCUGCUGUCAAGUAAAAUGAUCCAGGCUAAUAACGCCUUGUACUUUACUUUCCACUGGCUGGCCAUGAGCUCUACCUGCUAUAACCCCUUCAUAUACUGUUGGCUCAAUCACAGUUUUCGUGCGGAACUAAGAGCCCUGCCUCUAAUUGGCCGUAUUGUCAAGAGCAAUGUCAUCCAGCAAUCCUAAGGAAGCGCCCAAGAUUUCACCAUUCUAUUUAGGGCCCGAGCACCGAUGCUAUGAGGACCCUCUUGGAAUUGUCUUGCAGUCUAGUUCGACUGUUUCCAGUUCCUGCCUACUGGAUUAUUUCUCGUCUGUUCCAGAGUUGUGGUCAGUUGGGUUCAUCAUUGUUUUCGUGCACCUUCGUGUCUUCUUGGAUUUCCAGCCCACUGUAGUCUCUAUGCUGUCAAAAGCCAAACUGGCGAUCCGAGACAUUCUCCAGCCUGCCUUGUUCACUUGCUACUUCUAACCUUUAUUCAUUCGCUAUAUGUAUGCUGUGUUUUGUAUCAGACAAUUUCUACCUUUGGUAGGAUUUAAAGGGGCUUUUAAUGGCACACGUCUCAAGCAGCUACAGCUGUUUUACAGCUACUACACUAUGUUCUCCUCUGGGCCAAAUCUGAGCUAUAUAUUUAAAUAUAUAAUGUGCUACAUGUGUUAGUAUUAAUUAUAAAAAUUAUAGGGUGGCCAGGUCUCUGGUGUGAACUUCCAUUUACACCUUGGUGAAUUAUUCCUUUUAUUAAAUAUAUGAACUGAAUUCCCAUUGCUCUUGCAACGAGUAUGAGUAACUGGUGCAGUUUAAUGUGACCAGUUUGACACAUCUGUGCAACCGUAUCAAUUUGAACCAGAGUCGGACCCGGAACAAGAUGACGGGGCGCAAAGAAGUUCGACAAUUAAGGCUUGAACAGGACUCAGGUUUUUGAAUGGUUGGUUAACAUAAUGUCACUUUGUUCUAUCUUUGUGUACAUACUCAGUUUGUAAUAACACAACAAUAACUCGUUGUUCAUUAUAAACGUGGGAUUGUAAAUUAGAUUGUAAAUUUAUAUUAAACAUGCCGUAAUGUA